ACAUAAAUCAAAAAUCAUAAAAUUGUCAAAAAAUUAAUUAUUAAGUUUCGAACCUUUCGGUAAUAAAGAUCUAAAUUUCUCCCAAAUUUACAUUUUUACAAAAAAAAGUAUAAAAAAUAUUUAAAAAAUCCACCAACAAAAAUGAGUAAAAAGCCUUUAGGGCCUGGACCUGGAGCAUAUGGUCUCCCACCAAUAAUUGGUUAUGUCGAACAUGAUGUUCGAAAACAACGGCAACCUCAAUAUUCAAUUAGAGUUCAAACCAAAACAAUUGAUAAGAGGGUCAGUCCUGGUCCAGGUGCCUAUAUGGUUGAAGGAAUGACACGCUAUGGUAAUAACAAAGCCCAUCAAUACACAAUGGGCACACUUACUCCAAUACCAGAAAAAUUUAAAAGUCCUGGUCCCGCUGCACAUGAAGUCCACAAAAAGCCACAUUUCAAAGGUGUCAAUGCUCCGGCAUAUACAAUGGUUGGAAAGAAUAACUAUCGAUAUAAGCAAAUAGCCCCUGGUCCAAAUGUUUAUAUGUAUGGAAUGCCAACAAAACCAAGUGUUCCUGCCUACACUAUGGGAUUACUGAAUAUAGUCGAUUCGAAAGCUCGUUCUCCUGGUCCAGCUGCCUAUGGGCAAACUGACUUAAAUAACAAACUUAAACGAAGUCCGGUCUAUACGAUGGCUGCUCGAAAUAAAUAUGAGUUUAAAAACAUUUCACCAGGAUCGAAUGCUUACAAUCUUAUUGAACAUAAGCCCGGACAUAGGGGUGCAGCUUAUACAUUUGGCUUAAGGCAUGCAGAGUAUGCCCCACCAAUGAUCAUAGAGUGUGAUAACUAAGAAAAAUAAAAGAAGCUCAUUGUUCGCGGC